GGAGUUCAGUGAUUUCGCAACCCAUGCUGCACUUCCAACGCCUGGCUCGCGCAGACAUCGCGGCAACAUCCUGGCUCCGACGGCUCUCGACAUCACAUGCACCCCUCCGCUUUCUCAUCGUGGAGGGGUAUUCCGAGGAAGGUCGCAAGGAACUAGUAGACAAUGGGGCGAGGAUCGCCUCUGACUUGUACGCGACGAUGCUCGCUUCUUCCGCUGGCAGCAUACCCACGACCCACCACGUGAUCUACCCCACCGAUGGCCCCUUCGAGCUGCCCGACUUGAGUCAAUUCGACGGCGUCGCGUGGACAGGUUGCAGGCUUACUGUCCAUCAAACCGAAGAUCCUCAUGUUCAACGGCAUUUAAAGCUGGCGCGUCAACUCUACGCAUUUGGCAUACCUCAAUUUGGAAGUUGCUGGGCAUCGCAAGUCGCCGUGUUUGCUGCCGGUGGCAAAGUGGCCAAGAAUCCAAACGGGCGGGAAAUGGGUCUUGCUCGAAAGAUCCAGCUCACGCCGGAAGGCCGAGGCCAUCCACUGUACGAAGGAAAGUCAAGUGAAUUUGACGCGUUUACGAGUCACUACGACGAAAUUACGCACUUGCCACCAGGGGCCAUCAAGUUGGGUCGCAAUGCGUUUUCGCUUAUGCAAGCUGUGGCCGUCCGGUAUUUAAAGGGCGAGUUUUGGGGGUUGCAGUACCAUCCCGAAUACAAUUUGCACGAAAUGGCACGGCUGACCCAUGCGCGGCGGGGGCGAUUGGUCAACUACGGGCUGUUCCGCGACAUGGACGCUGCGGAUCGGUACGUGGCAGAGCUGGAGCUACUUUACGCCAAUCCCCAUCGCAAAGAUAUUGCAUGGCGACUUGGCAUUGACGCAGACGUGCUGGACGACGACAUUCGGUGCAUCGAAGUGAAAAAUUACAUCAAGCACUUGGUCUUGCCAUACAAACAAGCUCGCGCGUUGUUGUUGUGAGCGGUUUCCACGCGGACUGUCGCAUAUCUGAAUAAUAUAUCAUCAAUGCAUAUAUUGUGAA